AUGGCUCAAGAACCUACUCAAGAAAAAACCGAAGUUGGAGAAGGAAUAAACAAUGUAAUUGAAAGUGAAUUAAACCACGAGUUUAAGGACGUUAAAACACAAAUACAUGUAUUUGACCCUGAUGCUCCUCCUGAACUAAAAGCCAAGCAGGCUGUGGGAAGUUCUAAUGCUGGUUUAACUGCAAUGCCAGCUGUCAAGGGGGUCGUUUCAGACGCUACUUUAGACCAGGUUUCAGAUAAAAAAGAUAAAAAGGAAGAGGAGGAGUCAGUUUUACCAUGCGAUUUUCCUCAAGCACCAAAGCCUACCUCAGAAGCCCCAAAAUGGGCGCGUAUAGGGUGGAAAAAUGUCGCUGAAUUUGGACCAACUGACAUUGAUCAUGAUAUUUUUGGCGAAUAUUUGAGCGAAUUGUAUUAUGGAAAUCUUUGGUUAAAUGCAUCUGUAAUUUUUAUUUCGGUAUUUGCUACAUGGAUAAUUACUUCUCUUGGUGGUGGGCUUGCAACGUACUACGCGAAUUCUAUGAAACGUUUUUAUCGCAAUGCACGUAGUGACAUUUCUCGUGAACUUGCCAGAGAAAAACUUGAAACGAUGACUGGUGAAUCAGUUGGAUGGAUGAACGAAUUUUUACGGCGUUUUUGGCUCAUUUAUGAGCCUGUAUUAUCAUCAACAAUUGUUGGCAUUGCUGAUGGUAUAUUAGCUUCCGCAACUCCCACUUUCGUGGAUUCAGUUCGCUUGAAAACGUUCACAUUAGGUACAAAACCAGCCACUAUUGAAUAUAUUAGGUCUUACCCAAAAACUGAGGAUGAUAUUGUGGUUAUGGAUUGGAAGCUUUCUUUUGAUCCAAAUGACCUUGCAAAUAUGACAAAGGCUCAAUUGAAAAACAAAGUUAAUCCAAAAAUUGUGCUUUCGGUUCGAUUAGGAAGGGGCGUGGUUGGCGCCGAAUCUGCUCUUGGAGUACUUAAACUUAAAGUCAUGUGUGCAAAAGGAUUAAAGAAUGCGGAAACGUUUGGUACUUCUGAUCCUUAUGCUAAAGUAACUUUACAUGGAAAUAAAGUACUCGCUAAGACAAAAACAAUUGAUGACUCAUUGAAUCCUGUUUGGGAUGAAACAUAUUACCUGAUAUUAACAUCUUUGAACGAAGGUUUACAUUUUGAAAUAUUUGAUUACAACGAAAUGUCUAGGGACAAGCCACUCGGCAAAGCCGAGUUUAUGUUGUCAUCAUUAUUGGAUAAUCCAAAACAGGAAGAUGUUACAUUACCGGUGUUAGUUGAAGGAAAACCGCAUGGUGAAAUCAAGAUUGGUGCUAUAUGGUAUCCAGUAGUAGAAGCUACCGAGGCAGACCCAGCCCCAGAAUCCAAUCUUGAUCCAAGACAUUCAUUAGUAGGACAGUAUAAUCCGUAUGCUGAAUUAGUCUUGAACGGGAAGAUUGUUCAUACUACAAGGACCAUCAAAAGAAAUAAUAAUCCAGUUUGGGAAGAACCGUUCGAAAUGUUCAUCACUAAUAAAGCUGCUGCUGAGUUGUCUGUCAAGGUUAGAGAUGCACGUGAUCUUGCAUCUGAUCCGGUUGUUGGUAGUUGGAGCAGCAAGUUACAAGACUUUAUCGAUAUAUUGGCAUUGAAAAACGACUGGUUUAACGUAACUGAUGCAAGUGCUGGUAAAUUGAGAUUAAGCUGUACAUGGAAGCCAGUAUUGUUUGAUCAUGAGCUUGAGCAUGGCGGAUACGGAAAAUCCGAUCCGUAUGUAAUAAUUCGAUUGAGCUCUACUUACCGUGGUCGUACAGAAGUAGUUCUAGAUACUCAAAAUCCAGAAUGGAAACACGAGCUUCAUUAUAUACCUGUACAUUCCUUGAAAGAGUCAGUAGCUUUACAAGUAUUAAGUCAUGAAAGCAGAGACUUUGGUUCAGUUGAUUUUUAUGUGGAUAAACUGGCUCAGCUGAAUGAAGAAGGAUCAUACCAAGCAACUGAGCCUUUUGAUGCUUUCCAUCCCACCUUACAAACAAAAAAAGUUAAAACUCCUGAAAAAGAUUCAGAAAAAGACACUGUGAAAGAUUCAGAAAAAGAUUCAGAAAACCUUUUAAAAAAGGACGAGAAAAAAGGCGAAACUGACAUAGUAAAUGGAGUUGAAAACAUUAAUGUGCUUGACUAUGAAUCUGGCAUAUUGGUUGUUCAUAUCAAAAAUGCCAAUCUGGAUAAGAAAGAUACCUCUGUUGAACUUUAUGUUGACAAUGGAUUAUUCCCUGUUUUCAUGACAAGACGAUGUAAAACGGCAAACCCUGAUUGGAAUCAAGGCAGAACUCCUAUUGGUAUCUGUACAAGAGAUGUGAGGCCUUUAUUGGAACAAAGUGACCCUGAAAAUAUUUCUCUCGCCAUUGAAGGUCUAACUAACAAACAACUUAAUAUCGGUGUGCGGUAUUUACCAAUGAACUAUAAAAUAGACCCUUCGGAGAGCAUAAAUAACAUGGGCACGCUAAGAGUGACUGUAAAAAGUGCAGAGAAUUUACCAGCUGCUGAUCGUUCUGGCACAAGUGAUCCUUUUGCCUAUAUUUAUCUAAAUGAGGAGAAGAUUUAUAAAACAAAGCACGUUAAAAAGACUUUAAACCCUGUUUUUGAAAAUGAGGAUUUCACAGUAAAUGUGCUCUCGCGCACUAGUGACAAAUUUCAUAUUGAAAUAUGGGAUUGGAAUAAAAUCGAAAUUAGUACUAAACUUGGCACCGGUACACUCGAUCUUUCUGACUUGCCAACCUUUGAAAAAGUCGAUAGAAGGGUGCAAUUGUAUGAUCCAAAAACUUCAGAGCCUGCUGGCUUUAUGAAUCUCUCAGUGCUUUUCAAUCCACAAUUAAUCACAAAGAAGAAGUUGACUACAGGAUCUUUAGCUGGUGCAACAAGGACACUCACUAAUAUAGGCACUGGCAUUGGAGGCACUGUAGUUUCUGGUGGGGAUACUUUUAUUAGAACAGGUGCGGGCUUUGUAAGCACCGGAGCUAACAGUGUCGCUGGUGCCGUCGGUUCUGGAUUUGGACUUUUAAAAAAAAAAGAUAAAGACGACAAGCUUAAGAAUGGUGAUUCACUAACUAGAUCAAUCGAUACUGGGCUUGUAGUAGAGGACGAACAGGUGUAUAUACCAAAUCUUACUAGUUCUCCCCCACCGAUUCUGCUUCAAGUUAGAGAUUACAAUACGAUUGGUAAGGAUGUUACCAUUGGCGAAUAUUACUUAAAGUUAUGGGAACAUAUUGAGCCUGGUAAUUACACCAAAGACUGCUGGGUAGAUUUAUUAAAUGGGGGAAACGGGAAACUACAUCUUAAAAUUGAAUUUGAGCAACAAUGA